GCAUUCCCUUGCCCUCCUACAGCUAUUGGGCGCCUUGUUUUGGGCAGUGGCCGGCAUCAUACCGUGGCAUCUACGAGGAGAAGGCGAGUUGUUCGCGGUCGGCAGUCGCUGCUACACAUAACAACGUUGGUGUUGUAGUAGACUCGUUGCAGGCGGGAACGCCGCAGCAGCAGCGCGGGUGCGGCAACGGCAAGGGAAAUGCAGGGCGCGCCAGCCUUUAAGAGGCAGCAGCUCCACAAGCGUCUGCCCGCCGCACCAUAUCGGUCCAUCAGCAGCUCUACCAACAACAACGCCAUCGGCGUCGAUGGCGACGAUUUCACAGACAGUAGCAACAGCAGCAGUAGUCACCACGACAGCAGCGGUAGCGGGAAUCGAGUCCACCAUGACCACCAGCACCUUCUGCCGCACUCGUGGAGCAUCAACAGUGCUUGCUCAAGGUGUAGCGACAGCGGCGGCAGUGGCAUCCGCAGCAGCAGCGGUAGGCGCAGGGGGCUAGCGACCAUGGUCUUGGGUAUAUCUGCUUCGGGUGCUUUAGCCCUUUUGGCCGUCCUCCUUUUCUCUGGCGACCGCCUUCAUGGAUUCCCCGCAUGGGGCGGCGUUAUGUCCCGCUCGAACAACGUUGACGAGAACAAUGUUGAUCGUGGGGACGUGUCCGACAGAGAAACAAAGCACCGGGGACAGCAGGUGGAAGAUCUACUCCGUGGUAAUGAAGCAGCGGGUCCUAUAGUCGGAGAAGGACGGAGGCAACGAUGGGGAGGAGGCGUUAGCGUGGGGGCUUCGGGAGGUACGGGAUCGGGCGGCACGGAGAGAGGGACCCGAGGAAACCGCCGAGGGGGACCCGCAACGGCAUCCAAUGCCGUCUUCGAUCGGGGAGGGAAGGGACAGCAGCCUCUCUCGGAGACAAUUCACGGCGAAGCGGACCAAAACGAGCGCAGGGACCGGGCGAGUUCGGGCCAGAAUGAGCAGGGGAGUGGGUCGGGGGGCGGGGGUCAGGAGGGGCGAGGGGGCGUGCCGGUGGCGAAUCACGAUGAACCCAUUGGUGUUUUCCAGCCUGAAAAAACAAGUGGAGAAUACCCAGUCGAGGUCGAAAAGGAACAAAUCAUGGACAAGGAGGGCAGCAGCACGAGGGACGAGGAAGUUCCAGUGGAGGGGGUUUCCGAUGCAGGCGGCGUUAGCCCCGCAGGGGAAACCAAACACGCAGACAGCAGCAACGGAGCGGUGACCGGAGCGGUGGCUAGGGGACGGGGGAAGAAAGAGGUGUGCAGUGCGUACCUCAAUGACUACGGGAUUGUUCCGGAAGAUUCUUGGGGCACGGCGCCGAAAGGGAUUCAGAAAUCCUGGAUCAAGAUGAACUGCGACAGGGUGCUAGGCAUGAACGGCUUCAGCCUGGAAGAUCCCCCAUCAAGAGGCCGAAAUCGCGCCAUUGUCGUGGUCUGGAAUAACAUUAAUGGGUGGCUGGACUAUCUCCGGCCAUCUUUUGUCAACGACGCGAGGGACAUCUGUGCUACGGAGUGCGUCUUUACCAACGAUAGGAGUCUGCUGCCGAGGGCUGACGGCGUGUUGUUCCACCUCCCCACGUUCAACAGGAAGGACGGGUUUCCGAAACAAAAGCCACCCGCCGUAGACUACGUCUUUGCCAACCUCGAACCCACAACCUACAAGAAUGUGCAGCCUCUCCUCCGCGACAAACAGUUGAUGUCCAAGUUUGACCUUUCGAUGACAUACGAGCGGAAUAGCGACGUGCCACUAGGGUAUGUGGGCAGCUCUUCGACCUCGAGGUACUUCAAGGCGCCCAAGGCUAGCUUCAAGCAAAAGGACGGCUUCGGGUCUCCAGAUGCGAUAGCAGCGUUUGUGUCAAACUGCAAAGCCGCCGGAGCUACCAACCGGUUCGCGUACAUGGAGGAGCUGAUGAAGCACGCUACGGUGCACUCUUUCGGCUAUUGCUUGCACAACAGGGAAGAGCCGCAGCUUGUUCCUGGAGGCGGGGCAACCAACCGGCAAGAAAACAAGGUCGCCGUUCUCGGCCAUUACAAAUUCCUUCUUGCUUUCGAGAACAACAAUCAAAUAAGGGACUACGUUACCGAGAAGGUGUACAACGGGCUGCAGUCGGGCACUCUACCGGUGUACUGGGGUGCGGAAAACGUCGAAGAUUUCGUUCCAAAGGGCUCGGUGGUCAAGGCUUCUGAUUUCUCUAGCCCGGCGGAGCUGGGCAAGCACCUGAAGAUGCUGGCGGCUAACGAAGAGGCCUACGAAGCGUACUUCAAGUGGAGAGACGAUCCUGAGGAGGAAAAGCGGUUUGCCGAGGUCAUCUCUCGCUCGGCGUACGGGAUAAACGCCAUGUGCCGGUUGUGCGAUCGAGUGUUGAACGACAACGAGUCACUGCGGUGACAUGCAUGGGACGGUCACAGAACUUCGAAAAGGAAGAGGUGUUGAGUGGAGGGCAUAGAUACGAAGUUGGGGCUACCGCUAGGGCAAGAUAACGGGGGGGUCGCUAUUUCAUCAAUCGAAAGCAGGUUUCGUGAAGAGCAAUAGGAGUGCAGCGGCGGAGUGCCCAGUCGAAAGCAUGAAGGGCGUCAAACGUUUCCGCCAGGACAUGCGAAAGAUGUUCCGCGUUGGAUCUGGUAUUUGUGACCCCCGGACGGUAAGGAAGGGAGAAACCGCCCAUUGGCCAGAAGCCAGCAGUGGCGACUUCUUCUUCGUCGUGUCACUGUAUUAUGUGCGUGUUCUUUGUUGUGUUGUCAAUGUGUGUGCUGUAACAUUCUGUCGUGCGCAUGCCGCUCGGGCCCCCUAUUCUGAAGUUUCCUGACGCGUGUUCUACGUGCCGAUCGAUGAAACGUAAGCCAAGUGCAGGGUGUGCAGGUGGGGCUGGUGAAGGGUCGUUGCUUGAAUCGCGGCGAGGCCUUUCGUAUGAGUUUGUUUUGGCUUUGGAUGUUGGAUGAGUGCGCAUACUUUGGAUGCUGUGCGGUUUCGGUUGGCCUCAUUUGUUGCGUGUGUGAGACUCGGAGGCUCGAUGGUUCGUAUGUAAAGUAGUUGGGAGUGCGGUUUGAAUUUUUGUUUGUGAUGCUCUCCCACCUUGUUCGUUUGGUGGUCUUCAUGCUUGCCGUCACGUGAAGUGUUGACAUGUACAGUUUUGUUGUCUUGGUGUUUCUAUAGCUGGGCGUCCGUGUUGCCUACAUGCGCGCCACAUACCUUUUCAAGUAUCCGGGCACUUGUUUUUCUGUUCCAGGCUCGAACGUCUCGGCAGCAGUGUGAUCCGGUGGUGUGGCCUGCGUGUGGCCUCUACUUUCGUACUACAUUGCAGUAGAAGCACGUGGUGGCGGUAUCUCUCUACACCCGCCAGCGAGAGUUGAGGGAGGGGCAUGAUACCAACCAGACACCUGUCUGUCAGUUUUCGGUUCCUCUCGUCCAUGAUCGAUUUGAAAAACAAUAUUCUUGCCAAACAUACAUCCAUCGACCAAACAGUGGAUAUUGGACACGUUGAGGAAGAAGUACUCUAGUCGGGUCAUGUACGGCACGGCGGUGGAGUUGGCUAGGACUGGACUCGAUUUACCUACUACAUAUGAGCAAUUACCCGGAGUAUGUACCUCAAUUUUUCUGGAGCAAGAAACCCGUUUCCUGGGAUGGGACGACGGCGGUGGCAUGAUUGUGAUUGCGGUGCCUGUUUUCUUCAGGUGUAUUGUGCGUCCCGCUAGCAAUGUGUCGGUACUGCGUAGAAAACGUUUUGCAAAUACAUCGACGUCAGGGGUUGUGUGUGUUC